UCCCGUAUCCGUAUCCUGCAGCUACGAUGGUCCACACAUGAAGAUGCCAUCGAGACAAAAGUAAAAGAAAUCAACACUCUCAUCUCAUCUCAUUUCUAAACGCAUAAAACCCAAACUCUCAAAAUCAAAACCAAACCCAUUUCAUCAUCCUCUUCUCUCCAUUCCUAGCUAGGGUUUCCAUUCAUCUCUUCAAUGGCCGAAGUCGAAAAUCUCCCUCCCGAAUCACACGACCGAUCUCCCACCAUCACCACCGCUCCACCUCCUCCCGACGACGAUCUCCCACCUCCACCUAAUCCCAACCCUCGUCGUCGCGAUUUCGACCGUCGUGACGACAGAGAUUUCGACCGCCGUCCUCACCGUGGCGGCCGUGGUGGCCGCGGUGGCGGUGGUUACUACAACAACCGUGAUAGAGACAUCAAACGCCGUCGUAGUCCUAGCCCUAACUAUCGUGACCGCCGCUAUUCUCCUCCUCCGCAACAGUCUCGUCGUUCUCCUCCGCCGUAUAAGAGAUCUAGAAGGGGUAGUCCUCAUAGACCUAACGACAGGUUUGGCCAUGAUCACUUUGGUGGCUAUGAACGGGGAGGUGGAAGGGGUGGCUAUGCAGAUGAUAGACCUGGUGGCAGAUUUCCACAUCGAUCUGGAGGGGGAUAUCAAAACGGAAUUUCUGAUUUGGAUGCCAAUCGCGGUUAUGCAGAUUUGCCAAGUGGGGGUGCUCGAAGAGAGGGUUUGAUGUCCUAUAAGCAAUUCAUCCAGGAGCUUGAAGAUGAUAUACUGCCAUCUGAAGCUGAGCGUAGAUACCAAGAGUACAAGUCAGAGUAUAUUACUACCCAAAAACGAGCUUAUUUCAAUACCCACAAGGAUGCUGAGUGGUUGAAAGAUAAGUAUCAUCCAACAAAUUUACUUACAGUAAUUGAAAGGAGGAAUGAAAAUGCUCGACGUUUGGCAAAGGAGUUUUUGCUUGAUUUGCAAAGUGGAACACUAGACAUAAAUCCAGGUUUAAACUCUGCAUCCACUAAAUCAGAGCAAGCCACUGAGCCCAAUUCAGAGGAGGAAACAGAUGCCGGUGGUAAAAGAAGAAGACAUGGCAGGGGAUCUAAUAAGGACAACGAUUUCUCUGCUGCUCCGAAGGCUCACCCUGUCAGUUCUGAACCUAGAAGGAUACAAGAAGAUAUUCAUCAGGUUCAGGCUGUUGUUCGUAAGCUUGACAAGGAAAAAGGGAUUGAAGAUAAUAUUUUAUGCACCAAUGAUCAUAGUAAAAAUAGUGACAAGGCUCGCAGUGGAUCUGUGGGCCCUGUAGUAAUUAUCCGUGGCUUAACAUCUAUUAAGGGCUUAGAGGGUGUUGAGCUACUGGACACGCUUAUAACAUAUCUUUGGCGGAUUCAUGGUGUAGAUUAUUAUGGAAUGCUUGAGACUAGUGAUGCCAAAGGUUUUAGGCAUGUGAGACCAGAAGGAGCAAGGCAUGAAGAAACAGCUAAGUCGGGGUCAGAAUGGGAGAAAAAACUUGAUUCAUUUUGGCAGAGAAGGUUGGACGGCCUGGAUCCCUUGGAAGUAAGGACUGCAAAGGAGAAGAUAGAUGCUGCAGCAGCUGACAUGUUGGAUCCAUAUGUUAGAAAAAUUAGGGAUGAAAAGUAUGGUUGGAAGUAUGGCUGUGGAGCCAAGAGUUGCACAAAGCUUUUUCAUGCUGUUGAGUUUGUGUACAAACAUCUCAAGCUAAAACACCCAGAGCUUGUGUUGGAACUAACAUCAAAAUUGCGGGAAGAUCUUUAUUUUCAAAAUUACAUGAAUGAUCCUGAUGCUCCUGGUGGAACGCCUGUCAUGCAGCAAUCUCAGGACAAACCUUUAAAGCGAAGGUUACUGGAAGGCCGAUUGAAAGAUGAUCGUGGGAAUCGGCGAGACCAGGAUAGGAGCGACAGAACAAAUGGAGAUAGACCUGACAGUUCGCCAUCCCAUGAGAGGCAGUUGGGAAACCGUGAUGAAACGAUGUUCGAUGCAUAUGGUGGACCUGCUGUAUCAUUCAACUCAGAUAUGCCCCCUCCUCCAGUUUUGAUGCCUGUACCUGGUGCCGGGCCUCUGGGACCCUUUGUUCCUGCUCCACCAGAAGUUGCGAUGCAGAUGUUUAGGGAUCAAGGACCAUCUUCGUAUGAUCCAUCAGGAAUGACGAUGCGUUCUGGUCCUCACAUAGGGGGACAAGCCUCUAUGAUUGCUGUUCCUCCCACCUUUAGACCUGAUCCCCGACGGAUGCGGAGUUAUCAAGACUUGGAUGCCCCAGAAGAAGAAGUUACUGUCAUAGACUAUCGGAGCUUGUAGGUUUCACUGGUUUGGCUGAUUGAGAUUGGAUUGGCAGCAUAUCUAUUUUAAUUUUAGUCAACUAUACUCGGCAUCAGCAGCAAUCUAGUUGUAAUAAUGGGGGUUAGAUUUCGUUUCUUUUGUGCCAUAGAUGUUGUAACAUUAGAAGAUUUCCCGAGCAAAAUGCUACCUGGCUGCUAUAUCUUAUUUUUAUAAGAUGAGAUUGCAUUUAAACUGAGAUAUUUAUAGAGAUAUCAAUCAAAAACUACCUCCCCGGAACAGAAAAAGGUUUUCGUGGAUAAUCAAACUAUAUUCUGAUCCCACUUAGCGGGAUAAGGCAUUGUUGUUGUUGUUGUGGAUAAUCAAACCAUGGUUAAGAAAUUAUGUUGGCCUUGUAUCAGGUCUUUUCCUAU